GCUACAAACAAAGUUCACAGUCAGUCUAAAAAUUUGCGUUGCACAACAACGUCGAGCCGUGUCUCUUGCUUUUGUGUUGAUUUAUUUGCCUUAGUCUCCUCUUGAAACUACAUUUGGUGCAAUUCGCAAGAAAAAAAACGCGAAAAACGUCAAUUCGGUGAAAAAAUUUCCUUUAAAAAAUAAAUUUAAAAAAAAAUUAAAGAAACUGAAUAAAAAUCAAAAAAAAAAAUUAAUCAAUAAAAAAAAAGAGUUUCGCGAAUUUUUGAUACAGAAAAAAAUUUGUAGAACAAAAAAAAAUGUAUACUGUGUCAAAAGGUCCAUCAAAGUUAGUUGCAAAAACAACGCGACGAGGAAUUUCACAAAAUUACGAAAGUAGUAUUAGAGACAUGUCUCGGAGGAAUGGCAACGACGACGAUUCCGAGCAAAUCAGUGUUCCGAAGCCGGUAUUCGCCACGAAGAAGACACAAUUUCGGCAGCAGCAACAACACGUGCCCGAAGAAGUUCUCAGCCCGCAACACGAGGAACUUGUGAAAUACAUUCAUGAAUCGUGGAAUAUGGUAGCGGCACAAAAUCCGUAUGAUGCACCUGCAAGUCCCGACAGUUCGACGGGAUCGAUGUCUUCGUUGUCGUCGCACAGCAGCUACCAAUCGACACAAUCCUCCUCCAAUAACAUGAGCGGCAACACAUCGACAUAUUACGUGGGCACGCCGAGUCCCGUGCUGAAUGACUUCAAGCCCUUCGAUUUGGAGUCGUGGUGGGGUCGACGUCUCUUCAACAAUAUCACAAAAAGUCUGUAAAUCAUCAAAAAAUUGUCUGUAAUAAUAAUUGUAAUGAAACUAAAAAAAAUUAUUGAAAUAAUCAUGAAGUUUGUAAUAAUUAUUAGGAAAAAAUAUUAUAAAUAAGGUUAAAAUGUAAGUUUAGUUAUUUUAUGCAGAUUUUUUUUUUUUAGAAAAAGAAAUUUAGUGUCAUCCAAAGAAAUGUUUUGAGAAAAUUUUUUAAAUAUUUUUUUGUAUAAGAAUAUAAGGCUGAUGAAAAUAACUUGGUUAAGA